AGAUACACACAGAGAGCUUCCUUUCAGAAAAAAACACUCCUCCACUGAAGAUGGAACAACUGGACGCGCCCCCGUGCCAAUGACCAAAUAAGAGCUAACGAGCAAUUAUUGUCUUUUGAGGAUCGCGCUGACAUGUCAUCUUUUCAUUCUUUCGAGAGACACGUUUAGAUUUUGUUUAGGCGAUUUCUUCAUCAAGUGCAGCACGUCGUUUUGUGGAUUAUUUGAAGGUGUGUGGAUCUUGAAGACGGAGUGCGUCAAGUUAGCGCACGUAUCCAACAAGUGGAUGCAUGAAUUUGCUCACAGCAGACUAAAAACGCAAACAACCGGGGUUUUGAUAUCCUAUAAAUCUGUGUAUCGAUUGAUACAGCAGAGACCAAUAAUCCGCGUUUAUUAGCUCAGAUGUGGAGCUUGUCUUGGUGGAUGUUGGUGCAUUUAUGUGCGCAUUGUCUCGGCCUGAGGUAGUUUUUUUUGUGUGACUUUGUGUAUUAAUCAGGACAUUUUUCAAGCAAAUAAUUAAACUGCAAUGAGGUGAGACAUUUUUUUCUUCUGAUCUCCAGUCAUUGACCAAAGGCAAGAUUUCGGCGGACGCGCUGCGAUAGCCACUGUCUCCCACCUCACCCCUCUCCCCCCCCCAUCCAUGGACUCGCUUCUCCGUUCCCUCGGUGACCGUGGGGGGAAGUUGGGAUCCUCUCUGUAGACAUUUCUGUAUGACGAGGGCGCAGGUGGCACCUAAAGGUCGCAGUCAUGCCGAUGCAUCCAGUCACCUCCACGUUGAUGUACCGGGGGAUCUGCACAAUCCCUGACAUCCUCAACUACAGAGCCCCGGUGAACCUGCCCGAAGACGAAGUUGAAGAGAUCCGCGAGGCCUUCAAAGUGUUUGACCGCGAUGGGAAUGGAUUCAUCUCAAAGCAGGAGCUGGGGAUGGCCAUGCGCUCCCUGGGCUACAUGCCAAACGAGGUGGAGCUGGAAGUCAUCAUUCAGAGACUGGACAUGGACGGCGAUGGCCAGGUGGACUUUGAGGAGUUUGUCACUCUUCUGGGCCCAAAGCUGACGGCAGCUGGGUUGCCAGAUAAGUUCAACGGCACUGACUUUGACUCCGUUUUUUGGAAGUGCGACAUGCAGAAGUUAACGGUGGAAGAGCUGAAGAGGCUCCUCUACGACACCUUCUGCGAUCACCUUUCCAUGAAAGAUAUCGAGAACAUCAUCAUGACUGAGGAGAACCACAUAGAGAACCCUGGGGAGUGCCAUCUGGAUAUAGACACUUCAAGCCCGACGCAGCAUGUCAAGCAAACUUGUGUGCGCAAGAGCCUGAUAUGCGCCUUUGCCAUCGCUUUCAUCAUCAGCGUCAUGCUCAUCGCAGCCAAUCAGGUGCUGCGGAGUGGCAUGAAAUAGGAGCAGCGGCAUUUUCAGCCUUGACCACCACCUAAAGGCUGCCUCACAGAUAAAAGACUGAAGACAUAAAGCAAAAAAACAAAAAAAAAACCAGACAAUCAUGCAGCUGUAAAACCGGCAAAUGACUGCAGAACAACUGGAUUCGCUAAGGACAUCUCGUCUUGGUGUCAGAGACAUACUGAAAACGUACACGGUUUCAAGGACAACAGGACGUCACAUAGAAAGAGACAGUGCUGUGUUUAAAGUGGACGGCUGACUAUACAUAUCACUCUUCGUAACACAACAUUUAGUAUCCAUUAGAUAUGUGCAUUUGAGCAGUGUUGCAUUCAGUUAGGUGGCAGCUAUAAAGAGAAGUGUUGUGACUGUCCAGUUUUGUAUUUGUCCAGUAUACCAUUUCGUUUAUUAUAAACGAGUAGAAAGAAAUCUGUGAAAUAUUGUGGGCACCAUUGGAGAAAAUGUAUUCCUGAGGCUGGAAGGUGUUGUUAUGUGCAAGGUCUGGAGUUGUGGAGAUAUUGUAUGCGGUGCAACAUUGUUCAAAAACCACUUUGGUAUAACAAUAGCUUAGUAAGAAACAAAUAUUUGCAGGGAGGUGCAUGUGAUUAUGUGAAUAGCUUCACUCAUUCACAGGCUGCAGGGUGAAGCAGGUUAACAGCUCGCGGGAGGAAGGUGUUGAGGUCUGUAUGGACGGGUAACUGGCUGGACAUACAGUAAACACUCGACUCUCUCUGACUCCACUGCAGGCCUCAGAGGAUGACCAUCAUCUAUGCAUGAAAUGCAUGGAUUUAAAAAGUCGUCUUGACACAUUUGUAAAAGUUCUUCUCAAUGUAUUAAUCAUUAUAACUGUGUAACAGCUGUUUUCAAUUACUUAACGACAACUGUGAGCAAUUGUGUGCAGUGCGGGGUAUCAGCAGUGGCAACAAAGGCAAAGCAUACAACUGCAUGAAAAAGAAGGGCUGCUUUAUACAUGCUCGUAAAAAUGAUUUUCGGGAUUGCUAAACUGUAGACCUUUUGCCUCGCCGGGCGCCUAAAGACCAUCGCCCACUGCCACCAUAGAGCAAGAUAAGUUUGUCUCUCAACCAUAUAAAGAAUAUGCAUCGAAACUGACGUGGUUGGUAAUGCAGGUGUGCAGGAAUGUAUUUUCUUCUUUUAUUUUAAGUUAGUUUCUGUCUGGAUCUGUUGCUAUAGAGCAAUAAAUGUAUGUACAAUAGACAUAUCACAUGCUUUAGACAGACACGAAUCUUAGAAAACGUUAGCACCAAUAGACCUAUUAACUGUUGAGGUCAGAAAAGUUUCUAUAGCACUUUUCAAAUGAGGGUUUAGGCAAUACAACAGAGACUCUCUUAUUCAGUGAGAUGCAGACAGAUGAGUGGGAACAUGUGUGUCAGAAGCUGCCCAGUGCAUUGAAGUUUGACAGGGGCCAAAUGGUGUAAACUGUUGCAAUAAAACAUAAAUAUCUGUGAAGCACCACGUGAAUUUGAUUGGGCGUAGUUUAGAUUUGUUGUGCAUGCAUCUGGGUUAGGUACGUCAUUAUCAAUGUAUUGUACAUAUAAACCAACUUCAACCAAAGCUUUGGAGGGAUCUGUGAGAGCAGAACUGGGCCACAUAACGAGAGCAAGCUCAAUAAACAACUGAUGAAAGUAACAUUUGAAUUCUUGAGAAGAAACCGGCAAUCCCGCACGAGUACCACAGUCACUUGUACUCGCCAUGUUCUGAUCAGUACACCUUAAAUCAGGAAACGUAAAAGAACUAAGGGGAAAAAAAGCCCUUCGAAAUGCCCUCAAAAACGAGACCGCAAAAUACAGUAGAGAACUAAAUAAUUCACAUCUUAUGAAUAUCCCAUUUAAGGAUCUCUAUUGGCAACUCACCAAACUUGGAUCUCACACGAGCCAGAACCUCACAGAGGCAACACAAUUAGACUACCCUAUCACCCAGAGCCAGGCGGGAUAAUGAUUAUCUGAUGCACCCGGGCAGUUUGUCAAAAGUGUCAACUCUGGUGGGAAGACACUCAGAAAAAAAGAGAAAAAAAGCCCAUUUCUUAACAGAUACCGUUGUUUCCAUUUUUGCACUUUAAGAUGUGCUGCAGCGCACAACAACAACAACAACAACAACUCACCGUCACGAUUGUUCAUCCGAUUUCUGGUAUAGUUUAGGCCUUGAAUUACUUUACCAUAGAUGCAUCUAUUUUUGUGAAAAGUAAAUAAAACAUAUGAUUGAAGAGAAUUUUAACCGACUGACAAAUUACACCCUCUCAUUCGUUUUCUAUUAUAUCAUCACCGAGGGAACUUUUUCAUGGGGAAUAAAGUUAUAAUAAUAAUUUGUUGCCUUAUUCUUUGAGACACUUUGGCAUUGUGCAUAUACAUGAACAUACACCAAACAUGGGUUUAUUAUUCAUCACCAGAGCAAAAUGUUCAAACCAAUAUUUAUUUUCUUUUAACCGAUGAAAGAAAUUGUAUGAACAUAUUGAUAGUCUACUGAAUGUUCUAUUUCCAUUGUACUGUACUUUGAUACUUGUCUUUGGAUCUUGCAAAAAUGUUUAUUGACCAUGUGAUACGUGUUCAUUGACUCCAUCCGAUGUUCUAUGUCUGUGGAAUGGUAUUUCACAUGAAUAAAAUAACGACCAUG